UUCCACCUACGAAGCAGUUGAAGUUCCCUGUGUGGGAAUACAUCUGAUAUAUCUCAAAUAUUCCCAUGCAGGAGAAUUCAACCGCUUCCUCAGCCCAUUGAUUAUCCCCUCACUUCCUGUUUCUUCCCCAUUUCCAGCCUCUGAUAUACUGACAGUGCUUCAGCAUGAUGACCAACACUGUUGGUCAGUCAUUUAUCCACCUAAUCAAAUCUCAGUAACCAGACAUGAAAUGUGCCAGCUGCAACUGAGAGCUGUGUCUGGUGGUAGUGACGCAAUGGAGCUUGGAGACAGAAGAAGAAACAGAGGGGAUGAGUUGGAGUAGUUUGGAUCGUGUUUCUGUGUUGUUAUGUUACACUCAGCAGAGCAGCACAUAGCCAGGAGCAACCAGAGGUCUGUAAAAGUAUGAUCGUCGCCUCCAUGCAAGCAGACACAGGAGGACCCUCUGGUUCAGGCUAAUUUUCAGAAGCCAAGUUUCUGCAUCUGCUUAGCAGACAAACCAAGCUCCAGACAUGCAGGGUCAGCUGGACAUGGAGGGUGCCCUGACUGCCAGGGACCGGGUGGGAAUCCAGGACUUUGUCCUCCUGGAUGAAACCACAGAGACAGCCUUUCUCAGCAACUUAAAAAAACGAUUCGGCAAGGAUCUCAUCUAUACUUACAUUGGCACGUUGCUGGUGUCUGUUAACCCGUACAAGGAGCUGGACAUCUACAACAGGAAACAGAUGGAUGUUUACAUGGGGGUCAACUUUUUUGAGCUUCCACCACACAUCUACGCCUUAGCAGAUACCGCCUACCACACCAUGCUGACAGAGUUCAACAACCACUUCAUCCUGAUCUCCGGUGAGAGCGGAGCAGGAAAAACCGAAGCCUCCAAGAAGAUUCUGCAGUAUUAUGCCGUCAGCUGCCCCAGCACCACCUUACUAAACACCGUCAGGGACAAAAUGCUCAUGUCCAACCCCGUCCUAGAGGCUUUUGGGAAUGCAAAAACACUGAAAAAUGACAAUUCAAGCAGGUUUGGGAAAUACAUGGACAUUCAGUUUGACAGCCAGGGGGAUGCAGUUGGAGGCCACAUCCUGAACUACCUGCUGGAGAAGUCGAGGGUCGUGCAUCAGAACCACGGAGAGAGAAACUUCCACAUCUUUUAUCAGCUGCUGGAUGGAGGAUCGGAUGAGCUACUGCAGAGGCUGGGUCUGGAGAGAAACUCCCAGCAUUACAACUAUCUAACACAAGGAGAGUGUGCCAUUGUGUCAUCCAUUAACGACAAAAACGACUGGAAGUCAGUCAAGAAUGCACUGCAAGUCAUUGACUUUGAUGCAGAGAGCACUAAUCACCUGCUAGAGGUCGUUGCGAGUGUCCUCCACUUGGGGAACAUUCAGUUUGACACCGACGAAAAAGGCCACGCCUGCUUAAACAAUAACUCGGAGCUGAGCUGGGUUUCAAAUCUUUUAGGCGUGGAUGCCAAGAAGCUUCAGGAGGGGUUUACGUUCAGGAAGAUUGAAGCCAAAACGGAGCAGGUCUUCAGUCCGUUCACUGUUGACCACGCCAUCUAUGUCAGGGAUGCUCUGGCUAAAGCCAUCUAUGGACAGACCUUUACCUGGCUGGUCAACAGGAUCAAUGAGUCCAUGGAGAACAAGGAUUCCUCACGGAAAACUGUUAUUGGACUUUUGGAUAUUUAUGGAUUUGAGGUGUUCUAUGUGAACAGCUUUGAGCAGUUCUGUAUAAAUUACUGCAACGAGAAGCUGCAGCAGCUUUUUAUCCAACUGACUCUCAAGUCCGAGCAGGAAGAAUAUGAAGCAGAAGGAAUCGAGUGGGAACCAGUUCAGUUCUUCAACAACAAAAUAAUCUGUGAUCUGGUUGAGGAGAGACAUAGAGGAAUCAUAUCGCUGCUGGACGAAGAGUGCCUCAGGCCUGGUGAUGCUACAGAUCUCACCUUCCUGGACAGACUCGAGGACAAGAUGGGAAAUCAUCCCCACUUUGUCACGCACAGACUGGCCGACAAAAUGACCCGUAAGACUCUGGAGAGAGGAGAUUUCCGUCUCUUGCAUUAUGCCGGGGAGGUCACCUACUGUGUUGUAGGUUUCCUGGAUAAAAACAAUAACCUGUUAUACAGAAACAUCAAAGACCUAAUCUGUCAGUCAAAGAAUGCCAUAAUCAGUGAGUGCUUCUCAUCCAUGGACACCGACAACAGGAGAAGACCUGAAACGGUAGCUACUCAGUUUAAAAACAGCCUCAUGAAGCUGACGGAGAUGCUGAUGGCUAAAGAAGCCUGGUACAUACGCUGCCUGAAAUCCAAUGAGUCCAAACAGCCAGAUCAGUUUGAUGAAGCACUGAUCAGACAUCAGGUGAAGUAUCUGGGCCUGAUGGAGCACCUCAGAGUCAGACGAGCUGGAUUCGCUUAUCGACGGAAAUAUGAGGACUUCUUAAAGAGAUACAAACCCCUGUGUCCAGCUACAUGGCCUCACUGGAGAGGACUACCCGCUGACGGCGUCGAGCUGCUGGUUCAGCAUCUGGGUUACCUGCCUGAUGAGUACAGAAUGGGACGAACCAAAAUCUUCAUCCGCCAUCCCAGAACACUUUAUGCCACAGAGGACGCCUAUGAGAGAUGUAAACAUGAACUGGCAACGCGACUGCAGGCCAAGUACAAAGGCUACAAGGCAAAGGGAGAGUUCAGAAAACAGAAGGAAGCUGCGACUAAGAUUGAAACUUGUUGGAGAGGAGCGCAGGCGAGGAAGGAAAAAGAGAAACGAGCCUGGGCCGUAAAGGUCAUCAAGAAGUUUAUCAAAGCGUACAUGAACAGAGGACAAUUAAAAACCACUGAUAACUCCGAGUACCUGGCCUUUGUGAGACAGAGUUACCUAAACAGACUCAAAAACAGUCUGCCAAAGACGGUUCUGGAUAAAACCACCUGGCUAACUCCACCGGCUGUGAUGACAGAGGCAUCUGGGCUACUGCGUAAGAUCCACUACCGUCUAAUGGUGAGGAAGUACGUGAGAGGAGUCACACCCCAGAGGAAAGCACAACUCCAGCUGAAGGUUGUCACCAGUUCUAUCUUUAAAGGUAAAAAAGAAAGCUACCCAAAGAGCAUCCCUCAACCUUUUGUGGACACAAGAAUCAGUGACCAAGACAUAAACAUGAGGAUUCUGAGUAUGAUUCGCAAUGAGCACAUUAAGUACAGUGUUCCAGUGAUUAAAUAUGACAGAAACGGCUUCAAACCGAGGCCCAGGCAGCUUAUUCUGACUCAGGCUGCUGCCUACAUGGUUGAGGAAGCCAAGAUCAAACAGAGAGUGGCGUACAGCUCUCUCAAAGGGAUUUCUGUAAGCAACUUAACCGAUGACAUCAUCAUAAUCCAUGUAACACGUGAAGACCCCAAACAAAAGGGGGAUCUGGUCUUUCAGUGCGACCACUUGUUUGAGUUUUUGACCAAACUUAGCGUCAUCGCUAAAAAGGAGAAUGUCGUCAAAGUCGUUCAGGGCAGCAUAAAGUUUGAAAUCCAGCCAGGGAAAGAGGGCGUGGUAGACUUUAGCACCGGGCAGGAGCCGAUGGCGUACAAAGCCAAGAACGGACACCUCAUGGUGGUUGCCACUCGAGCAAGGACACGCUGACGCGCGGGGCCGAAGAGGAGACAAGUCGCCCCUACAUAUUUCAUCAGGAGACCCCUUAAGGAGAGGAUCGUGUCUACACGACACGCCUGAUCUGAGCCAGCAGAGCCCAUGGUGCAUCUGGGAUGAGCUUGUUUAUUUUUAAAAAAUCAUCUCAACUUCACAAUUAAACUACCAAAUCUUUCUGUGCUUUAGCAAAGGUUUCACUCUAGU